ACUUGGCUCCAAGAUGACCAAAAAAAGGAGAAACAACGGUCGUGCCAAAAAGGGCCGCGGCCAUGUGCAGCCAAUUCGCUGCACUAACUGCGCCCGCUGUGUGCCCAAGGACAAGGCCAUUAAGAAGUUCGUCAUUCGGAACAUCGUAGAGGCGGCUGCCGUCAGGGACAUAUCCGAAGCAAGUGUCUUCGACGCCUAUGUGCUCCCCAAACUCUACGUCAAGCUGCAUUACUGUGUGAGCUGUGCUAUUCAUAGCAAGGUGGUCAGGAAUCGAUCUCGGGAAGCUCGGAAGGACCGAACACCCCCACCCCGAUUUAGACCUGCUGGUGCCGCACCGCGACCUCCACCAAAGCCCAUGUAAAGUGACUUCCUAAAGACAGAAGAAAACACCUUGGAAAA